AUGUGGGGCGUUAUCGCUGGAGCAGCUUCUCGCGCUCAAAACUUGGCUUCCAAUGUAAAAAGUGUCCUGCUUGAUGAGCAAGACCCAAAUGAUCAGGAUUACGAUGACCCCGGUGCGGCCGUGACGUAUACGAGGCACAGCCACGGACCUUUCUAUGAAAAAGACUCGCUUGAGGAGGCUGACUUUGGUAGCAUUGGGGAGCUGCCACCUGUUAGUUCGAACGCAGGCGAAGCUGCUGUCCCAAUCGUCGUGCACGCCCCCAAUCCACCCGUCCUUGCUGGCGCCACCGACAACGCGACUGCGCAUCAUCUCCAUGUCAGCAACGCGGUGGACGCAGCCGCACCCUCGUCUGUGAUGCCCAUGAAAUUCUUCCCCGGAGACGGGAGCACGGACACAGCUCUACCGGAUGGCCAUGCCUAUUCGGACGGGAGCGGCGGCGGCGCUAUGCCAGGCCGCUCAGUGGGAGGGGCUUCACCCGGCGGUAUGGGCCUUGGAGUGGGUCGCAUGCUGGGCUCCGCCACGACCACCAUGUCUUUCUUCACGUCAGCCACGAACGUGCUCCAAAAGGUGGCGACGCACGUGGCGGGAGCGGAGGAGGCGGCCGUUAGCGUUAAACAGAAGCCGCAGAUGGAGCUUUUGAAGCAACAGCUGAUUGAGGUGACGAUGGAGAACGAGUCGCUGGCCGGGGAGGUUGCAAGGAUGAAACGGGCGCUCGAAGACGCGGAGGACAGCGCCGAGCUCCUGCAGGCCCAGUCUCAGACCGCCGCUUUGCUGCGUCAGGAGCUGACUUCAGAGCAAAAGGCCCAUGAAGCCACACAGCGGGAGCUGGACAGGCUCACAGCCAAAGUGCAGCAGCUGGAGCAGCAGUUGGAGAGUGACGCUGCUGACGUGGCGCAACAUGACUCCUUUUGGAAAGCGGAGCUGCAGCAGCAGCGCGCAGCGGCAGCGCAGGCGCAGUCACGUGUCAGGGAGCUGGAGGCCAUGGUUGAGCAGCUGCAGACACAACAACAGCAGCAACAACAACAGGAAGAUGAAUCCACGGUGGACGUAGCCAGCUCGGAAGCAGCUGCGGCAGCCAUGGCCCGUAUCGGCACGCUGGAGGCUCAAUGGGCAGCAUCGCAAACAGCGGCGGAACAAGCGGAGUGCCGGGCCGCUGCUUUGGAGGCGGAGCUUGCGGCGGUACGGCAAUCGGCUGACGAGGCCGAGUGCCGGGCCGCUGCCUUGACGGCAGAAUUGGCAGAUAUCCGGCAUGCUGCGGAAGCGGCGGAAGCGCGCCAUGCCGAGGAGCUCCGCUCGGCGGCGGCGGAGGCCGCUGCCGAGCUUCGGAAAGUACGGGAUCAGGUUACUAAGGACCAGAUCGUCGCAGAGGCGGCGGCGACCGGCGCCGCCGCUGCCGAAGCUGCGUUAUCAGCUGCGACCGCGAGGGCGGACGCUGCUAACGCUCGUGUGGCUGAGGCGGAGGCGGAGGUCCUGGCCGCGGAGGCGGCUGCGGCGGAGCUGAAGUCGCAGGCAGAGGCACUGCAGGCGGAGCUGGCGGAGGCGGUGGCGCGGGCGACGGAGGCGGUGGCGCGGGCGGCCGGCGUCAUGUCGUUGGAGUCAGGAUUGCGGCAGGAGCUAGCGGAGGCGCAGGCAGCGCUGGCGGAGCUGCGUGAGGAGCUGCGGACGACUUCGGAGCGAGGCGUCGCCGACGGCGAAGCCGCCACGCAGCUCCAAAACCGGUUGGCGGAGCUUGAGCGGCAGCUGGAGGAGCAGCGGGACGCGCAUCGCGUCGCGUUAGCGGCGGCGGAGGCGCGGGCGGCGGACGCCGAGGCUGCGGCGACGGCUGCCCGCGCCGCCGCCGCUGCGACGUCAGCGGCGGCGGCUGCCGACGCCGAUGGCGACGAUGGCCCUCUAGCAAGCAUGCGCGAGCAGCUCGAAAUGAUGAAGGAGCUAUUUGAAGACGAGCAGCGGUUUGGAUUGCAGCACCGGAAGCAGCUGGAGGAAGAGCGCUCGGCGCAUGCCGCAACGCGGGCUAGGGUGACGGAAGCGGAGGAAGAGCUUCGGCAGCUUCAGGCGAGGCUGGCGGACGCGGAGUUGCACGCAGCGGAGGCGGAGGCGCGGGCUGCGGAUGCCGCUGCGGAAGCGGAGACAAAGCUUCGCGCGGAGACCGAGGUGGCGGCAGCGGAGUCGCGUGCGGCGGCGGAGGCAGCAGCGGAGGACCGGUUACGGGAAGCAACGGAGGCGGCGAAGCGCGAGGUGUCGCGGCUGGUCUCGGAGCUGGCGGCUCGCGAACGGGAGCUGCAAGAGAUCAAGGAUCAGGCGAGCCAUGGCGCGUCGUCAUUAGCCGCCGAGGCCGAGGAAGCGUCUCGGCGAUGUAUGGCGGCGGAGGCGCGGGCAGCGGAGGCGGAGGCAGAGAUCACCGCGUUGGCAGACCGCUUGGCGGCGGCGGAGGCGCGGGCAGCGGCGGGGGAGGCAGAGGUCGCCACGCUGACAGAACGCUUGGCGGCGGCGGAGGCAGCAGCUGCCACCGCUGCCGCCGCCGCUGUCGCGGCGGAGGCGGAGUCAGAUCUGCGGAGUCAGGUAGAAGAGCUACAGCGGGAGCUGCAGCGAAGGCAGGCCGAGGCGGAAUCCGAGGUUUCGGAGCUGCAGGAGCAGGUGCGGUUGUUAGGCGAGAAGGCGAGAAGCCAGGCUUCCCAGCUGGCGAUUGAGCGGCAGGAACGCCAGAAGGUGGGGGAACAGGCGGCGGCGGCAGAGGCGGAACGCGUGCAUCAGCUGAGUCAGCAGCUGGCGGCGGCUGAAGCGGAAGUGAAGGCGCUCCGAAACCAGCUUGAAGCAGCGGAGGCGCGGUAUCAACGAGCUGCCAAGGAGGCGGCAGCGGAGCGUGCUGAAGCUGCCGAGGCUGCCCAGCACGCUGCGGCGGAGCUGCACGCCGUACGUGAGAUUGUACGGCGCUUGGAUGAGCAAUUGGCGGAAUCGUCCUGCGCGCGGGAGGAGCUGACGCACAAGGCGGCGGAUGCGGAGGCGACAGGGCGGCGGUUGCAGGAGGCUCUCGAUGCCGCCGAAUCUGGCCGUCAGCAGCUGGAGUUGGAGCUGCAGCAACAGCGUGCCGCCAGCGCCGCCGCCGUUGGCAGUAGCAGUGAGCUGGUUUCGGAGCUGACGGCGGCGUCGCAGCGCAUGAAGGCGCUCCAGACGCAGGUAGCGCAGCUGCAGCAUGCGUUGGAUGAGCAGGCGAACAGGUCGCAGACAGUUUUGCAGGAGCGGGAUAUGUUUUGGAAACGGGAGCUUUCGGAGCGGGCAGUGGCGGCCACAGAUCUGGAGCGGCGACUGAAAGCGGCUCAAGAGCAAGUGGCCCGGGAUGAGGAGGUCCUGCAGGAGCUACGGGCAGAGGCGGAGCGCCUGCGACGUGAAUCCAGCGCCGCCGCCGCCAGCGCCGCCGCCAACGAAGCCGGCCUGCGCCGUGAGAUGGAGGCACUGCAGGCUGCCCUGGAGCGCGCGCAGCAUAGUACGGCGUAUGGGUACGGCGAUCACGACAGCCAUACGGAGAAGGAAUUAGCGGCGGCGCGUUCGGAGGUGCUGAGGUUGCAGUCGGAGGCGCGGCGGUUGCAGGCCCAGCUGGAGUCCGCCGCCGCCUCCUCUGCCUCCGCCGCCUCGGAGGCCUCCCGCGCGCAGUUGGAGGUCCGCAGCCUCACUGCUCAGCUGGCGGCGGCGUCGGCGGAGCGGGACGCCGCCACGGCUGAGCUCCGUCAGCUGAGCCACGUGUACCAGCAGCACCUGGCGCAGCAGCGAGAGGAGAUGCAGGCGGUGGUGGCGGCGUCGGCGUCAGCGUCCGGCACGCCCCGUACGGCAAGCCGGCAGGAGAGCGCACUCUCGCCCAGACUGGCCGCGGCCGUCGAGGCCGCAGUCGCCACCGUCGGCAAUGGCGGCGCUAACGGCGUAUCAGGCAACGGCAGCCACCCCUCCACAACCGCCACCACCGCCACCGCCACCGCAGCAAACACAGCCGCCGGUGCAAACUCCUCGGGUUUGGCGGCGUUGGAGUCGGAGGUUUCGGAGCUGCGCUCCGCUCUGGCAGCAGCGGAUUCGGAGCGAGAGCGGCUCAAGGGCCAGUUGGUGGGAUGGCGAGUGGAGGCGGAGGUAAAGGCUACGGAGGAGCGGUUCGCGGGAACGGUUUCGGAGCUCCGGGAGGCGCUGGGGGUCGCCAAGGCGUCGGCGGCUCGACAGCAGUCGGAGAUCUCCGCCCUGAGUGAAGCUCUGGAGCUCAAGAACACGGAGAUCUGCAACCUCCAGGCGGCGCUGGGGGAGCUGACCUACGAGAGUGAAGCUGCUGAGAAGCUGCGUCUGGAGCAGGAGCUGGCGGCUUCACAGGCGGCGGUGGCGGCGGUAGCUGCGGAGCGCGAGGCUGCAGAGAAGCUCGUGGAGCAGACUCGCGCCUCCCUGGCCGCUGCUGCCGCCUCGGAGGCCCGGACCGCGGACGAGUGCGCCAUGCUACGUCGCGCACUGGACCAGGCAGUGGCCCAGGCGGCCGCAAUGAGCUCCGAAACCAACGGCAUGGUGGACCGCCGGAUCAUGGGCAAACUGCUACUAACGUAUUUCCAGCGGCAGCACAGCAAAGAGGUGCUUCAGCUCAUGGCCCGCAUGCUCAACAUGAGUGAGGAGGACCGUGUCGUACUGGGCCUUGUGGGCGGCAGCCGCCGCGGUCUCCUCAGCCGCGUGGCGGGUGCCCCCCUGGCGCUGUCGCAGCCACAGUCGCAGUCUUUAUAUUUGGGCACAAAGACGCCGGGCUUGAGCGUGAUGCCUCAAGCAGCACAUCAGACACCGCAGGAUGGCGCGGGGUCCCCCGCUUGGCGUCAUCAGUCGUCGCCGUUGCUGCCAACGUCGUCGCUGCCGUCGUACCCCGCCGUGGUGACGCCUCCCACUUCGGCGCUUUCGUCGCACCCUCCGGUCGCCAAGCCCACGCCGGCCCACGCUGCCGAUUGGUAG